AGGCUGCCGGGCUGCCGGGCGUGGGGCCGGCUGAGCUCCGCAGGCUCGCCUCUGCGCCGGGAGGAGGAGGGUCCUGCCCCCCGAAAGGCCCUUGCGCCCAUUUCAUGGCUGAGCCACUGAGGCCCGAGCUGGGGACCUGCCCAUGGGGAGCGCAGUGGGAGGCCCGAGGCCCCACUCAGCAUGAUAUAAUGGCAGGCUAGAUAGAAUAAAGGCAAUCCUCAAACCAUCAAGCCUAGCAUGCUGGGUGGGUGGGGCCACCUAAAUAAUUUAAUUCGGUUUUUGGAUUAUUGGCAUUAGUCAUUGUAUUCUAAUUUGGCAUGGUUACAAUGAGGCUAUCAUUGGGUUGUAAUUGAAAACUAAUGGAAAUUAUUAUUAUUUUUAAAAAGUGAUAUGGUAGGGUGCUAUUCCGCAGGGCUCCCGGUCAGCGUGGUGAAGUGCUUAAGAGUGGUAGACUCCUAAUCUGGUGAACCGGAACAAAAUAAGAAAAAUAAAACAUUCCUUCCAGUAGCACCGUAGAGACCAACUAAGUUUGUCCUUGGUAUGAGCUUUCGUGUGCAUGCACACUGCUUCAGAUACGCACACCUGAAGUGUAUCUGAAGAAUACUGUUGAAUAAAAUAACUCCCUUUUCUUCUUGAUACUUUCAGUUUUUUUAUUCAGUUACAAAAGGUAUGAAUCAUGCCUGCCUUUGCUUUGGCGCCUGGGUAGAAGGUUCAGCUCGAAGCACCAGCCAGCCCCUCCUGCAUUUAAUUAUUUACUGUGACACAUUACAAAAGUAUUUUCUUUCAGCCUUAUAUAACCCAAAUGAAUGUUCCUGAAGGAAGUGCAGAUCUCUGCACCCCAAUCCACUUCUUCCUACGCAGGCCAGGAUUUUGUAGGCAUCUCCUGCGCCAGCCUCCUAGUUUCCAGUGAAAAUAUCAGGGUGUUUUUUUAAAAAGUGUGUACUAUAACUAAACAAUGGAUUCCGGUUGGGUAGCCGCCUGUUUGGGGCUUGAGGAUGUGCUCCUGGAUCAACACUGUCCUCUAGUUAAGAGUCCUUUUCCCAUUCUGGUUGGUUUGCCAGCUAUGAGUCCUUUUGGACAGAGAUGACAGCCACCAUGCUCCAUGCUCAGGUCACUUCCAGACUGGAUUGCUGCAAUGCGCUCUUUGGGGGGCUGCCUUGGUGACGACUCAGAAACUUCAGCUGGUCCAGAAGGCGGCAGCCAACUUGCUAGCUGGGGUUUCCGUCAGAUCUGACCUAACACCUGUUUUAAAACAACUGCAUUGCUUGCCAGUUCAUUUCCAGGCCAAUUCCAGGGGUUCAUGCUAGUGUUUAAAGCCCUGAAAUGACUCAGCGCCCCCCCCCCCGGUACAUGAAAUACCGCUUCCUUCCCUACAGACCCCCCUCGCGUGCUGAAAUGGGCAGAGGGACUCUCUUAGUAGUUCCUUUGCCGCCGGAGGCUCAGAAUGAGGGGGUCUGGAUGAGAGGGCCUUCUCUGUGGUGGCUCCUAAGUUGUGGAGCUCCCUCCCCACCUUUACUAUGGAGCUUUCAGCGAAUUCUGAAGAGGCACCUCCUUACUUUUGAUAACCAAGGUAUCUGUUUUUGAGUGUUGUGGGUGGGAGGUUCGUUUAAUUUCAUUGUACAGUCAUACCUCGGUUUAAGUACGCUUCGGUUUGAGUACUUUCAGUUUAAGUACUCCGCGGACCUGUCUGGAACGGAUUAAUCCACUUUCCAUUACUUUCAAUGGGAAAGUUCGCUUCCGGUUAAGUACGCUUCAGGUUAAGUACGGACUUCCAGAACCAAUUACACUCAUACUUUGGGUUAAGUACGCUUCAGGUUGAGUACUCCGCGGACUGUCUGGAAUGGAUUAAUCCACUUUCCAUUACUUUCAAUGGGAAAGUUCGCUUCAGGUUAAGUACGCUUCAGGUUAAGUACGGACUUCCAGAACCAAUUACACUCAUACUUUCGGUUAAGUACGCUUCAGGUUGAGUACUCCGCGGACUGUCUGGAAUGGAUUAAUCCACUUUCCAUUACUUUUAAUGGGAAAGUUCGCAUCAGGUUAAGUACGCUUCAGGUUAAGUACAGACCUCCGGAACCAAUUGUGUACUUAAACCGAGGUACCACUGUACACAGGUUGUACGGUGGUCCCUCGACUUACGAAUUACUCGGCAUCUGAAGUUUUCGACUUACGAACGGGACAAAUGGCUGCACACUUACGAAUUUUUCUACAUCUGAACAGAAACAGUUGGCGGUUUUAAAUGCGGUUUCCUCGACUUACAAAUUUUAAAUGCGGUUUUCUUGACUUACGAAUUUUUCCGAUUUUUUUUUCCUAUGGGACGCCGCUUUUCGACUUACGAACAUUUCGACCUACGAAUGUGCAUUCGGAAUGGAUUAAGUUCGUAAGUCGAGGGACCACUGUAAAGCUCCUGCCCUCCUGCAAGUUGGGUGCUGAACGAGCGUGACUCUCCUGAAAUGCCAGCCCCAUGCCAGCCCUGCGGUGAGGGCCGGAGGCUGUGUCACUUGCGCAGGAUCGGCCGCCGAGCUGCAGCCCUGGAACAGGCUGACCUUAUCCAUUUUCCUAACACCGUCACGCUGGUUGGCCGAAGCGUGGCCGCCGUGGACUUCUUCCUCAGCUCCGCUGCCCAGGGGAGUCGCGAGUAUAUCUCCCGCAUCCACGCCCGGGUGAUCCGCACGGCUGGGGCCUACGAGCUCGUGGAUUCCAGCCUAACCGGGGUAUAUAUCAAUGACAUCCGGAUCAGCGAAAAAGUAGUGCUUCAAGAAGGUGAUACGGUGACUUUUGGGCAUCCAUGCUGGAAGAGCGUUAAACCUGGGAGUCGCGUCCGGCAGCCAAAUUCUCCGUUUUAUUACUUGUUUGAGCCGUGCAGCUGCAAUACGGAGCAAAUUCAAGGCCAGUGUGGAGAGAGAAGACCUUUUCCCCAAAGGCUUCCUGCAUUGGCAUCUGCUGGGGCAUCGGUGCCAGCGAGCUCAAGGAUGGGAUUUGCACCCACACUCACAGGGGACCCACCUGGCGCUCUGCCUGGCUCUGCCCGCCAACGUCCGGCCAUCAGCAACCCGACCCGGCCAGGGACACCUGCAGCUUCAUUCCUGCCUCCAGCUACAUCGUCGGCAUCCAUAAAUUCUCUUCACCUGGCUUCCAGUUUGACAGAAGCACCUGGUCAGCCAACGCCGGGGGCGCUGCCUUUUUCUGCACCAGGAGGUGCUCACAGGCCUGGCUCUCUGCGUUCUGCUUCGCCUGGGGAGGGUUCGCGCACCACCGCAGAAUUGUCUCCCUGGAGAAGCCUUGAGGCGACGCACUUCCCCUUCUCUCAGGGAAGUCCGGAAUCCAAGAAUCCCUCCACCCCAAGUGGCAGCGAGGAGACCAUUGCAGACGACCCCCGAAGCGGAAUAUCAGUUAGCGCAGCCGCUGGGCUCCCGGAGGAGCUGCUGCAGGUCCCAGGCGUCUCUCAGGUGGGGGGUUCUGAGCUGCCUGUUUCUAGCACAGAAGAGAUGGUUCCCGGUGACUCUGACCAUGCUGAAGAGAGGAGGGAGGUGGACAUGGAUCAAGGCACUGGAGACACAGCUGGACCUGAUCCCCUGGCUGCAAGCGGAAUGGAAAUUCAGAGCCCCAGAGAAGAACACCAGGAGAGCUUUAGGGAGAAGGCCUCACCUGAAGCCUCUGGCUGGGCAGAAAACAGAGCAAGCAACUUCACGGUGCAAAAUUUGGCACAGCUCCCUGCUAAAUCGGGAGAGGCUGAGCUGGAUGCCGCAAGCAGAGCUUCCGAGGACUUUUCUUCUUCUGGCGAAGAAACAGAUAGCGACUUAUCGGAUAGUGAUUCUUCUGCAAAGUUUGACUCCGAGAGAGAAAGCGCUGCUUUGCUGCCAAGGAACCUGUCGCGUGAGACCCGGAGGAGUGACGACGAAAUCAGCUUGCAAGGGUGGGCUUCUGAGAGCGGUGACAACAUGGAAAUGGAGGCCCCCCAUGCAAAUGCAAGCCUUCUAGCGAUGGACAGUCCUGCUGCUGCUGGAGAUGGCGGUUUCCUUGAGCCAGAGAUGGGCUCGGGGGAUUCAGAGGCUGCAAGUGGCAUCAGCUGCAAGGUCUGCAUUGCAAAACGGUCUUAUACCGAAGUGGGAACCCAAACGGAGAGUGCAAAAAGAAGGAAGUUAGGUGUAGAGAUUGCAGAGCCCGGCAGAACGGCUUGGGUCUUUGAUGACGGCAGCAAGUUAAACACGGGCAAGGUUACGGAGGGACUCCUUCAGCAACUGCCCGGAACUUCAGCUGACAAUGAGCAUGCCAAGGGCGAGUUCUCCCAACAAGUAGAAAAGGAUCCCGCGGCAUCCUCUGGAGCAACACAGGAGAUCCUGGCUUCAGGAGAUCUGCCAGAAACCCGCGAAGAGGGGACUGCCGGGGUGGCUGCCUUGCCUUCAACCCCCCGUCCCCUGGCAGGACAGACGAUCCCUGAAGAGUCUGUUGAAAUGCUUGGAGAUCCAGUGGAUGUUGAGGGAAAGCAUUUCUGUAGGGUUAUUUCCAAAAGAAAGAGGCCUCCCUUUGAAGAGUGGGGGGAGGGCGUUGUUCUUGUGAGCAAACGGAGAAUGGAGCAUGUGCGUGCCAGAUCUGACAGAGGCCCAGAGGACUGGGCCGCUGAUUCCGUCCUUGAGGCCAAAGGAAGGAAGAGUGAAAAUGAUGGGCUUUCACUUGGAACCGUUCCCAGUGGUGCGUUGGUGGUUGGGUGGCCUGGAGGGUCCAGUUGUGUCAUCGACGGUGAGAUGGAGUGCCAAGAGGAGAUGGACAAGAGUGAUCUUCCUGAAGGCAGGGAGGUGAAGAGGGAAGGAACGAGCGUCAGGGCAGCUGGUGGCCAAGAUGAGGCCAGUGGAGAAGGUGGCCUGGAGAGAGAUCCGAGUUCAGAUGCAGCGCAGGAGGAGAUGGUUGGCAGCGCCAGGGCUGAAGGGACUCUCCAAAGCCUUGGCGGAAACUGGGUGGCAUCCUCUCCAGACUCUGCCGGAAGAAAGACAAGGGAGUUUCCUUCUCCUGAGAGAAGUGGAGAUGACCUUGAAGAGGUAGGGAUCCCCCACAUAGAAAGUGACUGUGCAAACACACAGGCGUCUUGUCAGGCAAGCGAAAAGGAAGCAGGAAGGAGCUUGGAACCUAAAAAUGGUCACAUAUUGGUCCACCAAGGUGGCAUUGACAGUGAAGACGGCAUGGACCCGGAUGGAGAAAGUGCAGCCGAGGCCCAAGAGUGCGGUGUUGGGGCAAGAUGCUCGGCAGAUGGGACGAAGGUGGAUCCUGACCCGAACGAGCCUCUUGGGACUUCUGCCCUCCUGGAAUGCCAGCAAGGGUCUCCUGCGCCCGGUCAGCGACAACUGCAGCCUCAUGGCGCUGAGCCUGAGGAUCUGGAAGGUAACUUUGCAGUGAAGCCCCAGGGAACCGAUGUUGGGAGAGAGCUGCUUUACCCUGAAGACUCCCGCAUGGAAGGCAGCGUUUGGGAGGAAGCCUGCGAAGGAAACGGGGCUGCUGAGCAGGCAGACCCGGAAAGAGCGAAAGGAAGGGGCCACUCUGGGGAGGAAGGGGGUCGGCGUGGACAGACCCCCGAGAGCUGCCAUUGCACCGAGGGAAAAGGCAGCCUCCUGCUGGAUACUCCUAGCGCUGGCUCUGGGAGCCCUGGGGCCGGACAGGGGGGCGCUGCUGGAGAAGCCCCAAGGGAGAGCCAGAUGGAGCCUGCAGAGGUCCCCAAUUCCUUUUGUGGCCGUGAGCUCAGCUUGCUCCUCUCAGACUCUGAAGUUGAAAAGGAGGAGGACGACAGAGGCAAUCUUCGGAGAGGGAGAAGUCCACUUGGGCAUUCAGACGGUGUUUCAGAGAAUCACGAGGCCUGUAGGAAGCUACCUGAGGAAUCCCCAGCUCAGGAGUCAUGUGACGCCAGCGCUGAGCCGCUGGAGGGUUCUGGGAUGUUGGGUGUCGGUUUGGAACAAAAUGAUUCUUCCCACAAUAAGUUAUGCUGUGACCCAGAAGAUGCUUCAGCUGCUGUACCUCAGACCCCUAACCCAGAGGUGGCCGUGGGGGGGAAAUCUCCUCCUUCGCCGAGAACUGCCGUGGUUGAAGAAGAGCUGGAGGAUCGAGCUGUCGAAGGAGCUGACCUUGUGGCUGUCCGUCUUGCCUGCCUCCCUGCGGAAUCUCCUUGCCUGGCAGAAAGCGAUGCCAAAUUUGGCGCAGAGAGUCCUGGAGGAUUGGCUGAAGAUUCUGGCUCGGAGCUUGUGCAAGACAAUCGGCCGGCGGACGAUGAGUUUCCUGGCCAGCCCGGAGGGGGAAUCUCGGGUGCAUCUCUUGAAGUUGGAGAAACAAUCCAAGAGUAUCCGGGAUGUGAAACACCUGCCAGUCGCUCUCCAGGAGAAGAGGCAGGUUUCCCGAAGGGAGGAGCAGAAGCGCCGUUACUCCUGCAUCAAGAGAUGGAGACAGUGCCGUGCCCAGGAGAUGGGUGCCAACGGGAAGGUGGUUCAGCCCCUUCUGGGGAGUUUGGUGAGGCUUUUGAUAGCUCAGGACAUGGCAGAAGACUUUUGCAGGAGGAGGAGGAGGAAGAGUCAAAAGCCUCUUCCUCCAGAAAAAGACAUUUCAGUGAAGAUCAAGCCGCCAAGAUGACCAGCUUGGAAAAUGAUUCUUUGUGUGAGGAGAGGCUCUGCCCGCUGGAUCCUGUUUCAGUUCAGGCAUCUACACCUGACCGGCACCCUUUGACCAGGACACCUCCUGCUCCUCUGAACCCAGAAGGGCUUUGUGGCCACUUUGGCGGAGCUGCAGGGAAGCCUCCAGACCAGCACGACAGCCAGGCAACCCUGUCCCUGGGCGAAGCAGAAGAGAAGAAUGGGGAGAGCUUUGCCCAGAAGGCGAGAGGGUGCUUUGAAAACACACUUUGCUCCAAUAAGCCAGCAAGCGGAAACGAAAAGGCGGAAGAGCUUCCUCUGCCCUGUGGAGCUGAAACUGCUGAAGGGGAGGAUUGCCAGUCGGCUGAGAUCAUAGAGGCUGAGAGAUGCCCAAGCUCAGGUGAACCCGGCUCACCUGAAGAGGAAGUUAGCAAAGUCCGGUCUCAGGACCUUUACCUGGAUGAAGCAGGUUCAACCCCUGGCGCCCUGUCUGGUCAGUCAGGCCACCUCUCUCAUGAACAAGACAAAGACACGUCCGACUCUAUUCCGGAGAGCGUGUGGGACACCUGUUUCUCGGAAGAGGAGAGCUUCCAGUUGUCUCCGUGUUCGGGGAUACAGAAUUCUCCCCCUAGCUCUCCCGCGAAGUCCCCCGAGGCAGAAAGUGCUCCCAGUCAGAAGAACAGGGACUUUGUCUUCUCUGACAUCUCCAACAGUUCAGCCGACUCUCUCUCCUGUGAACGUUCUCCCAGGCCGCCUGGCGGGGACGCUUCUGGGGCAGAAGGUGAUGGGCUCCCCAAAGGGGGCUCUGACUGGGUGGGGAAGGGGGCCAAGGCAAAUAUGGAACCAGAUUCUUCCUCUGGCCCAGAAAUGUCUGACAUGGACUGGUUUGACGAAGACCCACAGACGCCGUCCCACCAGCCUGUGUCCCCCAGGGAAAGCACCCCAACUCCUAGCAGUGACCCCCCGUCGGAGCCUGACUAUCCCAUCAGCUUUGCUCCCGCUGAAUGUGACCCCUACGACCUCCAAGAAGAGGGUGGCACCUUCGAGGGAGAGGGCGUGUGCAACAAGGCUCCCAGCGUAGAGGGGUCUGGGUGGGCUGCCCCCUCUAUGAGCCCCACAACUGGCGGGGAGGAGGAAGAGGAAGAGGCGGUGAUGGAAAUGGAGACAGGGGACCUUAGUCAGAGGCAACCUGAAGAGAGCGCCCUUCUCCAGAGAAGCCCUGGAAGUUCAACAUGCCAAGGGAUGCUUGCAGUGGUCCCGCCGCAACCCUUUCAGCCCCCUUGCUCUAAAAUUAUUUCCUCCGAUACGGAACGUGACCUUGGUGUUGACCCGCCUUCUGCGUUAUUGUCUGCUGGUGCGAGGAGAGGCGUGGAAGAUCCCCAGGGGCCGCCUUACGAAGAGCAUCCCUUCCGAGAUGGUGGUGGAAAUCUCGCCGCCUCCUCUCCCUCCAGCACAACGUCUGUGGCUGCUGCUUGUGAGCCAGCCAGCUGCCCCAUGUUGGGUGACGUGAAGAGCGAAGAUCUGACUGCUUCUUGCUCCAGCACAACUCAGGCGAGCAAUCCAGGCGAGCAUCCCUUGGCGCUGAAGAGACCAGGCUCGCCUCUGCCCUCCUCUGAGGAUCCUGGUUCUGCUGGCAUGGCUGAGAGCGUCGGGAAAGAUCCUGAGCAGGACCUGAUCAGCAGCAGCUGUGGGGCGGGAUGGGAAGGUCAAGAGGACUCCAGCAGCCCUCCCCAAGAAGCUCCAGGGGACCCCUUGCUGGUCACAGGUGGGUCUGCUUGCAGCCCCUCAAAACAAAAAGAUGGCGCCUCCGCUCUGGGUUGCUGGGUUUCUCAGAGCUUCAAGGUCAAGGAAGAAAAGGACCCGUGUGAUCCUGGAGAAAGGCAGGGCGGCCCCAGCUGUGACACAGCGUACCCCACGGCUUGCUCCCCAGUCAUCAAAGUCCUGCAUCAACCCAAAGCCUCAGCAAACAGGCAGCCAGAGGGUUUCACAAGCUCUGGAGACUUUGGAAACAGAGACCGGUUCCUCCUUCCUUGUUGGCUAGAAGAGGCUGAGUUGAGCUCGCAGUUGGAUACGGAGCGCGUGUGCUCAGACGAUGAAUCUGUGGCCUGUCCUCCUCCUUCUCUGGGCUCCAAAAGAGACUCCACCAUGUCAGGAGACAGUGCAGGGCCUUCUGCACCUCGGGAGGGUGAGGUGAUGGGGCAGCUGGAUGGGGAGCAGGGGUGCUCCAACGAUGAGUCUGGGCCCUGCCCUUCCCCUCUGGGCUCUGAAGACACAGCAAGCUCUUCCUCCAAGUCGAGAGGCUGCCCCAGUGCUCCUGGUACCCAGGCAGAGAGCGGUCGCUGGCCUUACGCUGCUGAAGCCCAGAGCGAUGUCCCGAAAGACUGGGCGUCCUGUGAGCAAGACGUUGAGUUUCAGUUGCAGGAGUGCCAGUCUGUCCUCGGAGAGAUCUUGCGAUCCCUGGAGUCCCUGGAAGGGAUUGACUGGCUGCAUAUGGAGAAGUGGAGAGAGCAGGUUGCCUCUCUCCAGAAGGCCACCCAGAUGCCCCAGACCCACAUUGCGGUGGUGGGCAACACGGGGGCAGGGAAGAGCUGCCUGCUGAACGCCCUUCUGGAUGAGGAGGCAGUGCUCCCCACCUCGGCCAUGAGAGCCUGCACCGCCGUGGUGGUGGAGGUCUCGCGGGCGGACGGGAGCAGCCCCUACGAGGCGGAUGUGGAGUUUCUCUCCCGAGAGGAGUGGGAUAAGGAGCUGAAGGCUCUCCUUGAAGACAUGAAGGACAAGUUUGGCCACCUGAAGAGGCGCUGCCCGGACCGCAAGACGGAAGCUGGGGCCGCCUACAGCCGCGUGAAGGCUGUCUACGGGAGAGUCGAUGAGCUGGAGAAGCUGGAGGAGAUGCAGGAGGUGACACAGCACCUUGGGACGGUGAAGCACAUCUGCGCCGAGACGGCGACAGAGUUCCGCGCCACCAUUGAGAGGUUCAUCGACUCCCGAACUGACAAUUUGCGGGAGAUGAAAGGCGGGGAGUUUUGGCCCAUUGUGAAAUGCGUCCGGAUCCGUCUCGCUAAGGCUGAAGUGUUGAAGACGGGGGCUGUGCUGGUGGACUUGCCCGGCAUCCGAGACGCCAACGCGGCCAGAGACAGCGUGGCCAAAGAGUACCUGAAGAACUGCUGUGCCGUGUGGGUGGUUGCCAGCAUCACUCGAGCCGUGGACGACAAGACGGCGAAGGAGACCCUGAGUGCGAGUGUGCGCAGGCAGCUGCUGAUGGACGGCCUGUAUGGCAGCCUGGCUUUUGUUUGCACCAAGUCGGACAGCUUCAACAUUACGGAUAUCGUCAGGAACCUGGACUUGAGAGGAGAGAUUCAGCUGAUAGAAGAUGAACUGAGAGAGCUGGAUAAUCAGAAAAUGCAAGCCGAGGGGGAGAAGGAAAGGCUCUGUGCAUCUUUGCAGCAACAGCAGCUGUUGCCGUGGGAGAGACCAGGCUGCGAUGCCUCCGACUCCAAAGACGCCUGGCUCCAAAGACGCCACGACCUUCUGGAAAAGGAGUUCAGAAUCAGUGCCUUGCAGAGGCAGAAGGAGGCGAAGCUGCGCGAAAUUAGCCUGAUCUGCGUCCGGGCCCGGAAUAAGUAUUCCAAGCAGCAGAUUCAGUUGGAGUUCAGCGCCAGCCUGGAGGACAUGACCAGGAAAGCAGCGUCUCCUGAGAGCGAGGAGGAUGGUGAUGAAGACCUGGAGGAAGGCGAUGCCGUCAGGUCGGAGUCUGGCAACGUUGAAUCCCUACGCGGCAAGCUUCCGGUGUUCACGGUCAGCUCUACAGAAUAUCUCAAGCUCUGCGGGAAGCUGAUCAGAGACGGCCAGCCUCAAGUCUUCCACGACCCCCAGGACACAGAAAUACCGGCCUUGAAGGCGUUUGCCAUCCGCACAGCCUUGAAGCACAGCAUGGGGGCGGCAGAGAAGCUCAUCCGGGACUUGGCUCGGGUCCUGAGCCAAAUAGUGAAUUACCUGACCAGCCAGAGAGCAGAGACCGACAUCCAGGAGAGUGUGUGGCAGUCCCUGCAGCAGCUCCCCAGCCUCCUCCAGGAGGCCAUCGACUGCAGCCUCCGCGACACCCGGCACUGCUUGGAAGGCCUUCUCUUCGCCAGCCUGGCCAAGGGCACCAGCAGGGCCAAGGAGCUGUGCCAGGACAUCGUCAGGAGCUGGGGAUGCCCUGUGAACGGCUACCCACACGCCACAUACCGGGCCGCCUGCAAUCACCACGGUCUCUACGCCUCUCCGACCCUCAACUGCGUGGUGGAUUUCAACAGCCACCUCACCAAACCCAUCUGGGAGACCCUGGCUGCAACGUGGAACGAGGUCUUCAACUGUCAGCUGAAAGAGUCCAUUCAGGGCUUUGCUGCUGCCAUCUUGGACAAGCUGAGGUGCUUCUUCAAAGACCUCCGGAAGAAACUCCGCAAGCAGAGCAGGGUGGCAGCUGCAAUAAACAUCAUUUGCCGCCAGCAGAUGGAGGCGGCUGGAGCGAGGUUGCUCAACUUCACCCUGAGUCUGAUGGACGACAUCACUGCACGGCAGCGGAGCUGUUCCCGCAUCCUGACGCCCGAGAUCCGGACACGCAUGGAGCCAGCCUAUGCAGCUUGCACCCAGAUGUCUGGCCCCGGCUACUUCCAGCGGAUGAAGUCCUGCAUGGAGGAUUUCAUCCGCACGGAGAAACACACCAUCUUCGAUUCGGCUGCAAACUUGCUGCAGGAGCGGCUGAAAGUUCUGCAGCAACACAUUGGAGUGAGGUUUCAGGAUUUGGCCCAGGAGCUGCAGACAUCCCUGAUAAUGCAGCUGGAGCCGCUGCUGAAGCCUGUCCAGAAGAACGCAAAGAUAACUUCAGAAUUAAUGACCAUCUGCGCCAAGGUUGACAAGAUUUGUAGGCAUUCCUGCGUCAGUUACAACCUUCCCUGCUCCACACAAGGAGACGACAGUUCCGCCGAAAUGAGGAGGGGCCUGCAGGGGAGUCAGGAUCCCCCGAGCUCCUCGGCUACAUGCAUGGAUGCCCGGAUCGGUACCAUCUCUCUCGCACCCAUGCAGGUGUAUUUGUGCCCGUAUGGCCAAAAAAAGAGGGCAGGGGAGCUCCUCCAACCACAGCUGGAGAAGAAGCACAAAGGCCAGGCCGCAGCGUCUGGGGCAGGAGGAGGCCCUGCCGGGAUCCCCUCCCUGAGCUACAGGGGGACGACCAUGGACGCCAAGCCAGGGAUCUCCGCCCCGGCCCCUGGGCCCUGUCGAGGGUCUGCCCUGGAGGGCUGCCAGCAGGAGUCAGGCCUUCUCUUCGGAGCCCCUCAGCCCCACGUGCCUGUGAAAGUGGACAGUGAGCAGUUUGCUAUUCCUGGUUCAGCAGGUGUCCUCCGUGUCUGGGCCAAAGAGGGAAUCUGGGGAAAGUCUUCGACUCUCAGCGCCGAGAAGGAAGAGGCGAGUGGGAACCUGAAGACUGAGAAGAUGGAGACAGGCCCUCCUUGCCCUGCCAGUGCCACCUGGAUGACCCACUGAAGUCUCUUGGGUUGGAAGCCUCCCGGUUCCAGAGGGACCUUGCCAGGCCCAUGUCCCUCCCCACAGGGGCUCUGUGUGGGGGGGGGGGCUCUCUUUCUCUGCAUUUGACAAACUGGAGCCGAGAGCUACAUUGGCAAAGCAGAGACAGACACGAGAGCAGGCAGGGAAGCCUCUUGCAAGUUCAUGGCUGCCCCGCUGAUAAUGCAGAUAUUGCGAGAUAAAUCUUGCAGAGCCCCUCCCUGUUUUAUUUAGAGCUUCUGUGGCGUCUUCUGGGGGGAAGAAGUUGGGCAGGCUGACCUUCGUUACUCAACACAAAAUAAUGUUGCUGGGAGUCAGCCCGGCGUGGAGUUGUGUCUGCGGAAUCAGCGCUUGGGAUAGGUGGGGGGGGGGGUGUUUGUGGAUGAGCUGACUGCUCAGGGCUGGGGGCAGCUCUGCGUUGGAGUGCAGGAGGAGCUCCUGGGGCAGCUGUUAGCCCUUCGCUCCCAGUCGCCCCCCUCUUGCGGUCAAAGGGUGAAGCGAAAGAGCCCUUUCCCUCCAUCCUCACUGCUUGGGUGGUGCAGAGUUUCUCAUGCCUGCCCUGUUUUUCAGGAGCUGCCCUUGCACCUUUGCCAGGGAGUCUCUGUUUUGCCCUCUACAAGCAGAUCACUCACCCACCACCUCCCCUCUUUGAAUCUCCUGUCUUUUUGGGGUCUCAAUGAGGGAGGUUUUUCAGCACUCUCUCUCUCUCUUUUUUCUUUCUCUCUCUCUCUUUUUUGCUCCAAUAUCUGCAGUUGAAGCAGACAGCCUGCAGAGAAGGCCUUAAGGACUCUCGAUUCCCGCUUGCCUUUCUCGCUGUUUUUCCUCUCAGCUUUGCCCUAAAGACCCUUACAGGGGUUUGUCUGCCUGGCAGCUGAGUAGAGUUUCUUUCUUUCUAAAGCCACAUGCUCUUGAGAAAUAUUUACAUUACAAAGUGCUCCUUAAGUUUUGUGGCUGUCAGCCUCUCUUUCUGUUUGCAGGGCACCCAUCGCUCCCCAUCGCCAUUUUUCUGACAAGAAGGCACUUAGGUCUCUGCCUCCCUCUUGUGCUUCUAAAACAAAAGUUCUAAGAAUUCCCUGGCUAGUUAACUGAGGGUCAGCAACUGAGCAGCCCAGUGGGGGGUGGGGCCCACGUUUGGACUUUAUUAUCAUUAUCAUUAUCAUUAUUGUUGCUAUUCUUUGUAUCCCACCUUUUCCCCUAGCAGGUACUCAAUGUGGUUUACAGAGUAAAUCUGGAUUAUUUUGAAAGUUGCACAAAGUUUUGCAUUAAAUGUUCAAUGCUUGACAGAACUGACCACAUUCUUUGGCUCUUUGGGGGCAUCGGGUUCCAGAUUCAACUUGAGUAUCCUGGGAGAAACAGCUCCCUGCUUCUGUCUGUGGUUGUAACUUGAGACAAAGGCCUCACCCACUUUCCUUUGCUCUUCCAUCCCCGGGCAGAGGAGAGGAUGAAGCACUGAGGUGGCUGCUGUUUCCAAGAGACAUCCUGAUGGUGCAGCCUUUAGAUCAGACAGAGGCAAACUGCGGCCCUCC